AUGGCUUGGCCCAACCCGUUCCGCAGGCGCACAGAGAAUACCAGAGUCUGCUGGGGCUAUGAGUUUGAAUGGACGGAGGGCCAUCUCACUCCAGAACAAUCCAAGCCUCUCAAACAUACCUACGAUGUCCUAGGAGAAGAAUGCCUUGAUCGACUGAACACUAUCUCGCCACCACAAAAGGGCCCUUUGCCAAAAGCCCAAGACUCCCAGCCAGUGCCAUCUUCUGUCACUGGAACGGAGGAAGAGAAGAGCGAGCCUCUUCCCAUACCUCGCCGAGAUUUGUAUGCCUUGCUCGAGGAGCACCAAGCAUCCGACCCCAAGCUUGCUGAGCUGUGGGAAGAAGUCAACACCGUUCCUGUCUGGGUAGACUGGGAGCAGAUCGAGAGGGGACAAAAUGUGUUCUAUCGGUAUGCAGGACCAGCUUUGACUGGACUUACGUUCCAAUCACUACUUGGAGGCAUGGGAGCUGCCCGCGUUGUAGAGACACUAGCUCGAACUGGAGGGUUCAGCACCAAGGUAGCAAGAGGAAGACUAUUUGAGACUACUCAGCAUAUCCUUCAAUGUACACGUUCCCUAGAGGGUAUAAAGCCAGGCGGAGAAGGCUUUGCUUCCUCAAUACGCGUCCGACUCCUACACGCCGCUGUACGUCAACGGAUCACCAAGCUAGCAGAACAACGACCCAGCUACUUCAAAAUAGACGAAUGGGGUAUACCUAUCAACGAUCUCGAUCAAAUUGCGACUAUCGGGACUUUCUCGUCGACACUGAUAUGGCUCAGCCUCCCACGUCAAGGCAUUUAUCUCCGCGAACAAGAGAUCGACGACUACAUUGCUCUGUGGCGAUAUAUUGCGUAUCUUAUGGGCACUCCUGACGGUUGGUUCUCUUCUCAAGAAAAGGCUAAGAUUAUAAUGGAGUCACUUCUGUACUACGAGGUCGAUCCAUCCGAUAUGUCAAAGACCAUGGCCAACAAUAUCAUUUUCGCCCUCAAAGAGGAGCCGCCAACAUUUGUCUCCGCAGACAUGCUCACCGCCAGUGCCCGCUGGCUCAAUGGGAAUGAUCUUGGUGACCGACUUGGGCUCAAACGUGUGUCGGCUUAUUAUUGGUCGCUUAUGGCAGGCCAAUGUCUAUUCUUCAUUUUCUACUGUAAUUUCUACCGUCUCUUUCCGUCGCUUGACGCUCACCGUAUUUCUCGGGCAAAAGAGAUUCUCUGGAACAUAGUUGUUAAGGCGAAGUGGGGUCUUGGGGGUACACAGACGACUUUUGACUUCAAGUAUGUGCCGCAGUACGAUACGUUGACUAAUCUGGGAGAUAUUGGUGAAAGGAAGUUGAAAACCUCGAGUACUGAGUUGAGGAACUUGAGGACAUUAGGAAUCUUUUUCAGUGUACUGGGGUUGGGAGAUACAUGCUCUUGA